UACAGGAACAAGAGCAAUUAAUUUUCAAAAUUGACAAUUCAAUCAAUAUUUUUCACCAUAACCGCACUUGUGUUUGACAAUCAAGAAGUUAAAUGUAAUUGAUGUGAUCCUCAUGUAAUUCCCGAAAAAAAUCGGUCAUUCGCAUUUAAAAUGGCUGCGAAAACUGCCAACCAAAUGCCAGAAGCAUUUAACGUGCCAACAGCAGCUAAUGCCAACAACAAUGCCAGUCUGCAAAUUUCUCUUUCUCAAAUGCUCGAUCUUGCUCUCGGAGCACCAGAAGUUGGCGCGGUUAAUUUUAAUAUUCUUCAUAAUUUCCUACAUAUCAUGUUGCAACAAAUAAAUUUGCAGGCUGCUACAGUUACAUUUCAUGGUGAAAAUGCAGAUCAAGUAAAAAGGAUGAUAUCAUCUAUGAAGCCGAGACCAGAAGUAAUGCGAGUUCGAAGAGACGAUGGUGAAGAUGCUGAUGUACUUACAGAAGAUAUUCAAGUGCCUACAGAAACAAUUUUGAGAGUGACGGAAGAUGUAACACCACAAAUAGAUUUUGAAAAAGUCCCUGAAGCUCAGAUGGUUGUAUCUGUGGAUAAUAAUUUUUCUCUACUGGCAUCUCAGUUUAAAGAGCUCGAAAAAUCUGUAAAACAGAUACAAGAUCGAUAUCAAGCUUUGGAGGACUUGGCUAGGUCUCCGGAAAUCGAAGAAUUAAAAGAUCGAAUCGCAGAUCCUACCGCGGAUAUAUGGCAAUUUGUUAACAUCAAUAAAAGAUUGGACACUAAUGAACAAGGUAUCGAUAAGCUUACAGCGAUGGUACAAGAUGUGAUCAAAGGUGAUGUUGGCGUAGUAACAGCAGACACAUCUUUGAUUAAUACAAGACUGGAUGAACUCGAAGAUAAGGUCUUCAAGAUGGAGCAAUGGCUUACGAAUUUACAAGCAGUUGUCGAUAUGUUAGCCGAAGAAGUACCCGAGCCAACUACUGAUAUAACAGAAGUAGAAGAAGAAGUAGAAGCAGCAAUAGUGCCACCUACUGAUAUAACAGCAGUAAAAGAAGGAGAAGAAGAAGUAGAAGCAGCAAUAGCAGCAGCCGCAGAACCAGUAGAAACUAACAAUAUGAUAGAACAUGAAAUCGAAGAAAAUGCGAAAAUACCUAAAGUCCGUAGAAUAACAGCUGAGAAGCUUGCUGCUCGAGCAGUACUUAUGAAUGACAAUAUUAUAGAAGAAAUACGCCAAGAUAUUACUGCGUUAAAAACGGACGUAGUACUUAUACAGCAGGAACUGCAAGAUCUUAACGAAAGAAUUGCACUAGAAGAAAAGCCAGUAGCACCAUUGCCACAAGAAAUUGAAUCUAUUGUUGAAAAACUGAUUAAAGAAAAGGAAAAAAUAACCGAUGUUACAAACUUGGAGCAAUGCUUGGAAGCUGUGAAAAAUGUAGAAACAACUCAUGGCGAAGCUUUGAACAAUGUUACCCAACGCGUGAUUUUAUUGGAAUCAGAUUUUAGAAAUUUGUUAGAAAAAGUAAAUAUUAUACAAGAAGUUGACAAGACAGAUAGCGCUGACGUUAACACUCUUAUUACACAAGUACAAAAAAUUGAAACGGAUAUGGAGACAAUCGGACAAACAAUGAAUAAAUUACUCGAAGAUAAAGAAAAAAAAGAAGCGCAUAUUAACACAUUACUGGAACAAAUUGAAGUUCUAAAAACCGUUAAAGCAAAUAAAGAGGAUAUCGAAGAUGCUUUGGCUGACAAAGCGGAUGCUCAUGCUAUGAAGAGAAAGGUAUCGCAUGAACAAUUUGAUGCUGCUUGCGAUGAUCUCGCUCGUGGUCUCGAGGAAGCAAUUGACAAAUUGUCAAAGCAAGAAUCGAUUUGGCAACAAGCGCUCGAUGAAGUGCAGAAUGAAAUCGCGACCAAGCUGGAUAAAGCCGAGAUGGUACCGCUGAAGGAUUUUGUGGAUGACAAAUUAAAGUCGCUUCACGAAAAAUUGAAGAUUAUGAUUGAAGCAAGACGAGAAAUAGAGGCAGCAGGAACAAAGAAACUGCUUACAGAUGUUCAAUGUAUAUCAUGCGACAAGGAUGUUGUAAUGAGAACAGAAGAAGUCGGUAAAUUUCGAACCGAGCCAUUUCCUUGCUCUACCAGCAUAAAACCUUAUCUCACAUAUGAAUUGGAUCAAGUUAGAAAACAACAGAAAAAAUUGCCUUACAGCAGAAAUCUGAUCCAAUUUGAAGCAGCAGUGCACGAAGAGGCAAAGAAAAUGAAAGCGAAGGAGGAGAUGCUUGUGAAGAGUCCUAGAGAUCAUCUCAGCAAUCGAUACUGCGGUGGGAGCCACACAGUCACGACUCCUCAGCAAAGAAUCAUGCGGGCGGGUCAUUUUCUUACUCAGUGGGGACCCGAAACGAUACAAUUGACGGAUGGUUUGAUAAGAGGAAAAGACGGUCAAAUGUAUCGCAGUCGACCCAUAUUGGAUAAAUCGGAUAUCUGCGGUCCAAAUUGUUGGGAAGGUCAAUUUAUCGAGGAAACUGAACUCACGGAAUGUUCGACGGUGUCUCGUAAACCUGUACCAUUACGACGAAGUAGCGCUGGAAGCGCUCGUUAAAUAAUACAACACAUCGCGUUUAGAGAAUUU